AUGACCUCAAUAAUAGAAAGUAUUAAUGAAUCAUUCCGGUACUUAAUAUAUGACCUUGUGCUUCAAUUCUUUAAUUUAUUGGUACAUACAUUUUUCAGAGAUGUUAAGACAAGAGGAACAUUCCACAUCCCACCGCAUGGGCCUGUCAUUUUCGUAAUUGCCCCUCAUCACAAUCAAUAUAUCGAUGGACUUUUAGUAAUGUCACAAGUAAAAGCCCAUUCCGGAAGACAUAUUGCAUUUUUAAUUGCUGGAAAAUCCUACAGGAUGAAUAUUGUGGGACACGGUGCCAGAUUGGUAAGUGCAAUUCCAGUGGAAAGGGCUCAGGAUCUAUUGAAAAAGGGAACGGGUAAGAUAUAUUUGGAUACAUCGGAUAAGACCGGUCAUUCAUUGAUUGGAGAGGAUACGAAAUUUUCAAGUGAAUGUGAGCCUCGUGGGUUAAUUGGAUUAUACAAUUCUCUUGGCAAUUGUCAAAUAGACAAGGUUAUUGAUGAUACCCAUUUAGUACUUAAAGACCCAUUCUUUUCUUCCAGAAAUGAAAUUCAGACCAAGAUUGAUAUUGCUUUGAAGCAGGGUACUCCAUAUAAAAUCGCCCCACACAUAGAUAAUCAUCAUGUAUUUAAUCAUGUUUUCCAUCAUUUAGCCCAGGGUAAAGUUUUAGGGAUUUUCCCUGAAGGUGGUUCUCAUGAUCGUCCAGACUUGUUACCUUUAAAACCCGGUGUGGCUAUUAUGGCAUUAGGUGCAGUUUCUGAACAAAUCAAAUCAAACAAGCAAGUUACUCCUAUCAAUGUAAUUCCAGUUGGAUUGAACUAUUUCCAUGCUCAUAGAUUUAGAUCUAGAGUUGUGAUUGAAUUUGGAAGACCGAUUGUUGUAGAUGAGAAAAUGGGUCAUGAAUAUGAUACUGAUAGGUUUCAGGCCGUGGACAAACUUCUUGAGACGAUUACAGCCAAGUUGAAAGAAGUAACCACUACUUCAGAAGACUAUGAUACGCUUAUGGUUCUUCAAGCAAUUAGAAGAUUACAUACUUCCUCAAAUAGGGAAUACAUUCCCCUUCCAAUGGUUGUGGAAAUGAAUCGAAGAUUAAGUCGAAGUUAUGAGAAAUAUAAGGAUGAACCAGAUGUAAUCGAGCUUCGUGAUCUGGUGACUGAUUAUAAUAAUCUUCUUAUGAGAUAUGGAUUACAUGAUCAUCACAUUGAAACAUUACAUCAAUCUAAUUUCUUCAGAACCUUCAUAAUAUUCUUAAGAAGAUUCUCCACAUUCUGUAUUUAUAUGGGGUUAAGUUUACCCGGGAUGGUUUUGUUCAGUCCAGUAUUUAUUACUGCCAUUAGAAUAUCUCGCGAGAAACAAAAACAAGCCCUUGCUGCUUCACUGGUGAAGAUCAGGGCUCGUGAUGUUAUAAGUACUUGGAAAUGUUUAGUUGCAAUGGUUCUUGCUCCAGCCUUAUACAUUUUUUAUUCAAUUAUUGGUACUGUUUACAUCGUUAGGAAUAACAUUCUUCCUCAUAUUAGUGUGGGAUGGAUUUUCUUUAGCUGUUACUGUUUAGCAUUGAUGACUACCUACGCAUCACUCAGGGUUGGUGAAAUUGGUGUUGAUUACUAUAAAUCUCUUCGUCCAUUACUUGUAUCCAUGAUCUCACGAAAGAAGGAUCGAAUUCAAAUUGCUGAAUUGAAAUUACAAAGAGAAAGGUUAGCCAUUAAGGUUAAUGAUUUUUGUAUGAAAUAUAAUCCUCUGAUUUUUGCUGAUUACAACCGAUUAUAUGGACCAGAUGGAUUUGAAGACCAUUACCAGUAUCAAAGUGACAGUGAAAUUGAGGAAAAGAGAAAAUUGAUCAGACGCAAUUCAAGUAUAAGUUUAGAUUUCGAUAAUAUGGGAAGUAUUCCAAUUUUCUCACUGGAAGAUUUAGAAAGAAUCUAUGAUGAUGAUAAAAAGAACUACCUGACUGAGAGUUCAAUGGAUGAAGCUGACACUGUCAGUGAUGAUUUAAAUAUGGCGACCGGUAUUGCUAAUGGCGAUAGUAAUGUUAGAUUAAGGAAAACAUUGUUUCACGAGGAUGGCUAG